UUGAGCGGCACUCUCAUUUGGGACGAGGAGAAAGACAGUAGGGGGACCUUAAACUUGGCAGAGAGGAAAGGCGGAACGCAUUGGUCCUCGAACGCCUCGGGAGGAGGAUCUGAGAAGAAGAUAAGGAUUAGACAGCAAUGUUGUGGGGAUUCAUUGAUGGGAUACAACUUCGAAGCGCAGGGAAGUUGGACUUCACUAAGCAGUUUAGUCUGGAUUUGAGGUUUUUUUCUUUUUUAGAAGGGAGAAUGGGAUUAACUAAGUGAGCAAAAUUGCUCACUAGUCUGAAAGUGGUCUGAACUUUUCCCCUUUUCUGCCUUCAAAUUCAUCGCGAAAUACAAGUCAGCAGCGGUAAAUCAGUUUGAACUGAUCUCUUAUAAUGUUCAACUUCAUGUCACCUGAUACUAACUGCAAAGAAACAUCUUCUUAAGGAAGAGCCAGAGGGAUUAAAAAACCUUGAAGGAUCUGACUUUCAGAAAACAUGACCUGUGGACGGUAUCCUGGCCCUCUCCUGGUGCUGCUCUGUCUCCUCCACGGCUCGGAGGAGACCUGUCCGUCCAUGUGCCUCUGUGUAUCUGACACAGUGAGCUGUAGCUCCAGUGGUCUGACCAAGCUACCUCUGUCCCUGCCCGCCUUCUCGGUCACCCUCGACCUCAGCCACAACCAACUAUCCUGGUUGAACCCGGGCAGCUUCAACAGGAUGCCCAGACUGGAAAACCUCCGAAUGGCCCAAAACCAGCUCAGCUCGCUCGGCCAUGGGGUGUUUCACAACGCCUCUGGCCUCAGGCUUCUUGACUUGUCCUCCAACAAGCUGCAAGUGGUGGAGCAGCACUACUUUCAGGGGCUUUGGAGGCUGGAGGAGCUCCUUCUCUUCAAUAAUAAGAUUGCACAGGUGGAGGCCGGCACACUGAGCGGUCUGAGCAGUUUAAAAAAGGCCUACUUCAGCCUCAACCAGAUCACACACUUCCCGUUCUUCUCCAUCCAAGACCACAGCCAUCCUUUCCUCAUCAUGCUGGACCUCUCGUCCAACCGUAUGAGUCGUCUGCCAUGGGAGGAUGUGAAAGCUUUGCCCGGGUUGGUGCAGCGGGGGCUGUACCUCCAUAACAACUCUCUAAUCUGUGACUGCUCCAUGUACAGUGUGUUCUGGCACUGGGAUCUGAGGGGUUAUGACUCACUGAAGGACUUCACGGAUGAGCACACUUGCAGCAUCUAUGGGGACCCACGAGCGUCCAUCCGGUUCCUACGACACAACCGCUUCUUUCACAAUUGCACUGUGGAAAAAGCAGUCUCAGAGCCAGUGACCGUGCUCCUCUCCAACGUGUUGGUUUCAGAGGGAGAAAGAGUACGUCUAGACUGCCAAACGUCCCUGAGUAGCAUAGAACUCUCAUUUACAUGGCUCUCCCCCAGCAAGGGGUAUAUCACCCAGACCAGCAUAAAUGACACGCUAAUUAGCCUGUUUGCUAAUGGUACCUUGGAGAUCCAAGCAGCCAAGGUCAAUGACUCAGGUCUGUACGUGUGCACUGCUCUGGAUAUUAAACAGGCACUGAAUGCCACCCGUGAGGUGAAUGUGACGGUGCUCCUGCCAGCAGCAGAGUCAUUCAACACCGGCUACACAACGUUGCUGGGCUGUGUGGUGACUUUGGUCUUCAUCCUCAUUUACCUCUACCUGACUCCAUGUCGCUGCAGCUGCUGCAAACAGCCCAAACCUCCAGUUAUCCCCAUUGCGACCUACGACCCCAGCACCCUAACGUCCGUUUUCUCCCCUUCUACCAGAGAAAGUAAAAUCCAAACUAACAAGCAUGUAGCAUUCAUGGAGCCAAUGUUAAGUGAAGAAGGAACAGAAUGGACACCACAAAGUUGAUGCUGAACAUGUUUUUUUUUUUUUUCUCUCUCUCUCUCUCUCUUCCCUGUAAACAAAAGACCUCUGGACAAAGCAAAACUCCUUACUCAGGAAUUAGCUGUGAGAUACAAUCAGAUGUGAGUGUUGUCGCUGUAAAAGGAAAAAAGAACAUCAUGUCUCCCCCGACUGCCAGCUGCAGUUAAAAGGCCUCCUGAACAAAAAAAAAAGAAGCAAUAUCUCCUUUUCUAUUCUGCUCUUCUCUGUCAUCUGGCUCAGUAGUCGAAAUGAAAGUUUCAACUUUGGUUUAUUACCCUCUGUGUACUGACAUUGGUAAAUCACAGUAGAGCCGUUAUCAGCCCUAAAAAUCACCUUAUAACUUCUCUACGUACGGUACCAAGGGGGAAUAUUUCUCGCGGGAUCAGAGAAGGAAUCUGGCUCACUUUUCAAAGAAAGUGUUUAACAAGGAUUAAAAGCCCUGGAAAAACGCUGCAAGUUUAUGACUGUAAUGGACUGCAGGAAGUAAGCUCAGUCUGUGUAUCGUAGUUGAGUGGAGGAGCUCCAUAUUUAGCGUUGUAGAGACAGGCCUAGCACCUGCACUGCACCUGCUGAAGAUAACUUUAAAUAUACAGCCCAUAUCUCUUAUAAUAUGUAGCUUAAACAUGGAGCAACCUGAAACUCUAUCCAACUUCUGAAAACUUCUGUUCCCUGUGUUCCUAAUAAAGGAUUUGGUCCCUUUA